AUCAUUCAACUGCUAGUUGAAAGUAGAAAGAUAAUAUGAAAACGUUGGGCCUUUUAUUGGCAAUGGCACUGGUCGGAUCCGGUGCCACCCUCGAUUGGUGGGAACAUGGUAACUUCUACCAAAUAUACCCUCGUUCGUUCAAGGAUUCUGACGGCGAUGGCAUUGGAGAUCUCGACGGUAUCACCCAGAAUCUCGCUUACCUCAAGGAACUUGGAAUGGACGGCGUUUGGCUUUCGCCGAUCUUCGAAUCCCCGAUGCGAGACUUCGGAUACGAUAUCUCUAGCUUCUACAGGAUACAACCAGAGUAUGGCGAUUUGAGUGCCUUCGGACGGCUGGUGAACAAAACCAAAGAGCUCGGCCUGCGUCUGAUUCUCGAUUUCGUACCGAACCACACCAGUGACAAGCACGAGUUCUUCAAUCUGUCGGUACACCGGGUUGAACCGUACACGAAUUACUACGUCUGGCACCCGGGUGUAGAGGGACCGAACGGUACUCGCGUUCCGCCUUCAAACUGGAUUAGCGUGUUUCGUGGCUCCGCCUGGGAAUGGAACGACAUUCGUAAAGAAUUCUACCUGCACCAGUUCUUGAAGGAACAACCCGAUUUGAACUACCGCAAUCCAGCGGUGGUAGAAGAAAUGAAAAAUGUUCUCCGUUUCUGGCUGGACAGAGGAGUUGGAGGUUUCAGAAUUGAUGCUGUUCCCUACCUGUUCGAAAGUGCUGAAGUUAGCGGUCGCUAUCGGGAUGAACCGCUAAGCAGGGCUACAGAUGACCCAGAAAACCCUGCCUAUCUAGUUCAUACUCAAACUUUCGAUCAACCGGAAACAUUUGACAUGGCCUACCAAUGGCGUGCCGUGCUCGAUGAAUACAGUGUCAGGGACAACAAUACACGCAUCAUGAUGACCGAAGGUUACUCAACUGUUGAUAAAGUUGUCGAAUUAUUUGGGAACAGCACCGUUAAUGGGUCAAACAUUCCGUUCAACUUCCAACUGAUGAGUAUCCUUAACAAAAAUAGCACUGCAGCCGAUUUCGCUAGGGCCGUGAACAUUUGGCUGAACGCAUUACCGGCUGGUAGACGUUCGAAUUGGGUUCUCGGAAAUCAUGACAACCCCCGUAUCGGGACUCGUCUCGGGAAAAACAAAAUCGAUUUGUACAAUAUAGCACUGCAGACUCUGCCAGAUAUUGCCGUUACCUAUUACGGUGAGGAGAUCGGUAUGCUGGAUCAGUAUAUUCCUUGGGAAAAAACGAUUGACCCGGCUGGAUGCCGAACAUCACCGGAAACCUUCACGCAGUACUCCCGGGAUCCCGUUCGUACUCCUAUGCAGUGGAACAGCAAGCGAAAUGCCGGAUUCUCUCUGGCGAAUCAAACUUGGCUGCCAGCGUCUGACAACUACCGACAUCUUAACGUUUAUCAGCAAAGUCGCGCCAGAAAGAGUCAUCUGAAAAUAUUCAAACAACUCACCAAGUUCCGCAAGGGUCCAAUUCUUUCUCUCGGUGAUUUCGAUAUGCGUCUAGUCAACAAACAGCUGGUGGCAUACCAACGGAACCUGAAGAACGUUGGAUUCGUAGUUGUGGUCCUGAACUUUGCCAAACAACCACAGCGUAUCAAUUUGCCUAGCGUUUUCGGAAAACUUCCACGCCAUUUGCAGGUGGUGACUUCUUCGCUGCAGGUGCGCACCGCGGAUCGUUCUCGGAUUAACCCAAGAACUUAUAGAUUGGCAGGAGAGAGUGGCAUUGUGCUUCUCCAUAGACAUCCCAAACGGAAGCCCGCAGUACUCCGUAAUUAAGCUCUGGAUAUCAACGAGCUUAAUAUAACCUACACAUAAUUUAACAUGAUAUGAAAUCUUUUAUCGCACAGAAAUAAAUUUUUAAACAUUUCACAAAUGAAA